UGGAAGUCAUGUGACGUCAUGCGGAUGGAAACUUGUGUCCGCUAUCGCUGAAAGAGACGAAAGUCCAGAGAAAGAUGCAUGAAGAGGAUGACAGCGCUGCCAGUCCCAGCAGGAACUCUCGGAUCCUGGCGACCAAGUCCCUCGAUGUACCCGAAUGCGAUGCCCCGAAGGACCAGCAAUCCAAAUUAUGCGGCUACCUGAAUAAACUGACAGUGAAAGGGCCCCUAAGAAGCUUCAAAACGCGCUGGUUUGUGUACGACCCCAGGAAAUGUUAUUUGUAUUACUUUAAGACUCCUCAAGACGCCCUUCCAAUGGGACACAUUGAGAUCGCGGAUGCCUGUUUCAGAUAUGAUGUAGAGGUCGACGAGGGGCUUUUUGAGAUCCACACCGAGGGGAAGGAGUUCCUACUGAAGGCACCCAACAGGCAGGUGAUGCAUUACUGGCUGCAGCAGUUACAGCAGAAACGAUGGGAGUUCUGUAACAUGUCUGGUCACAGAGACAGCUGGUGCUCCCCAUCCCCGUUCCAUCCACAUACGGGCUUGGUGGCCAAAGAUGCAGAAGCAAUGCUCAACGAGAAGCCCAACGACAGCAUGGAAAGUGUCCGGAAUGACUUUGCUUUGGAGAUGGACAAUGAUGGGCUGGUCGGGCUCCAGUCAUCACGUAACCCUGUGGCACAACCCACCGCAGCUCUCAACUCCCUCCGACACUGGGGCUCUGGGCUCAGAAAUAGCAUGUCUCACCUGCGGCCCGGCCGAGGAGGAGAGAACAGACGCAGUGUGUUUUACACAGCCAGCAAUGAGGACUGGGAAAUGGUGGAUCCUCCAACCAAGGACGCACCGGAUCAGAAAUCCCCAGCAGACGGCCAACGCCGGGAGAGCCCAUCUCACUUUAACCGAUACUCCAUUGGCUCAGCGUUCACGUUUGAUUUCCGCAACCCCUCGAGAAUGAAACGGCCCUUUCACGUGGGCUCUGGCAAAGUUAACCGCAGCGCCGAGAGCUCGCCGGUUGAGUGUAAUGGGAACAAGACCUCCGAACUGCAGCUCUACGUUCAGAGCCAACAGGAAGAGAUCAACCGGUUGCAGGAGCAAGAGAACAACCUCAGGGAGGAACUCGCCAGUCAGAAGGAGUUGGUUUGUCUUCUCCAACAAACGCUACGUAGCUCCCAAUGCGAUUGGCGUUCCAAAGUGCCUCCUGGGAACAUGGAGCCGCACAAUCAUAACGAAGAAGAGACUGAGGUGCACAAAGCCCUGACAGAGCGGGACAGCCAGAUCAAAGCUCUCUGUGGUCAUAUGGAGAGGCUAGCCUUGGAGAAGGAGAGUCUUCAACAGGAGUUGAAAGGUUUGAAGAUCAAAAUCGGGGAGAUAAAUGAACAGCUGGGCAUGCUCAUGGAGACCAUUCAGGCCAAGGACGAAGUCAUCAUGAAACUUUCCCAGCAGAGUGACGAAGGAGGAACCCAGUCAGCUGAAUGCAACUCACCUAGUGCAACUAGGGAACAACAAGAGUUGGACAGCUUGAAGGACAGUCUUCAUGGCUACAAAUCCCAAAAUAAAUUCUUGAACAAAGAAAUUCUCGAGUUGACAGUCUUACGAAGAAAUGCUGAAUCCAGAGAGAAACUGCUAGAGGCAAAGUACAACAGUUUGGAGGCCAAGAUGUGUCAGGUGGAGAGCAAGUACCUGGUUCUUCUGCAGGAAGUGAAGACUCCUGUGUGCUCCUCUUCAGAGAAGACCUAUAGUGGAGAGGUCAUCACCCGCUUACUAGAAGAUGCGCUACAGGUGGAGAGCGCUGACCAGCAGGAGCACACUAUCCUCAAACCCAACGCUGUCAGUGAAUAUGACAUUUUUGGCUUCAAAACUGUCCCGGAGGAGGAAGAUGAGGAGGAAAAACUUGAAGCGAAAAAGAGAGCGCUGGACCUGAAGUCUCUCUCCCUGACAGACCAGGAGACAUCAGUCAGAGUGAAGUGGGACAACUACCUGGCCAUCACCAUGAACAGAGAGAUGGUUCGAUCUCCAGAGCUGAAGGCGCUGAUGCGAAACGGGGUGCCCCAUAUCCACCGUUCCAAGGUGUGGAUCUGGUGCGUGAGCUACCAUGUGAAGAAGAUCCGUGACAACCAGCCGAAGGACUAUUACCAAAACCUUCUGUGCACGGCGAACGAUAAACCCAACCCGGCCUGCAAGCAAAUAGAGCUCGAUCUUCUGCGGACGCUCCCAAACAACAAGCACUAUGCCUCUCCUGACUCAGAUGGCAUCCAGAAACUCAGGAACGUGCUACUGGCUUUUUCUUGGAGGAAUCCAGAUAUCGGCUACUGUCAAGGCCUCAACAGGCUGGCAGCUAUUGCUCUUCUGUAUUUGGACCAAGAAGAUGCUUUCUGGUGUCUCGUGGCCAUUGUGGAGGUUUUCAUGCCACGUGACUAUUACACUAAAACACUGCUAGGCUCACAGGUAGAUCAGCGUGUGUUUAAGGACCUGAUGUACGAGAAGUUACCCAGGCUUCAUGCUCAUUUUGAGCACUAUAAGGUAGACUUCUCUCUCAUCACCUUCAACUGGUUCCUGGUUGUGUUUGUGGACAGUGUGGUCAGUGACAUCCUCUUCAAGAUCUGGGACGCUUUUCUCUAUGAGGGACCCAAGAUAAUAUUCCGAUUUGCUCUUGCGCUCUUCAAGUACAAAGAAGAGGAAUUUCUAAAGCUCCAGGAUCCCAUGACCAUUUUCAAGUACCUUCGGUACUUCACACGUACCAUCUUGGAUGCAAGGAAGUUGAUGAGCAUGGCCUUUGUGGACAUGAACCCAUUCCCACUGAGGCAGAUCCAGAACCGCCGCACAUUCCACCUGGAGAAGGUCCGCCUGGAGCUGACCGAGCUGGAAGCCAUCCGUCAGACCUUCCUGCGGGACAGAGACACCACCCUGGACGGCCGCACCCUCAUCAGUGACGACGACGAGGACAGCUGAACCACGGCCAAUGAGGGAACAAAAGCAUUAGCCAAUCACAACGUGUCUUAUAUCUUUCAAUGCGUUUCAUUCAACAAACUGUGACUUCGAGAGACCAAAGAACAGUAUUCCUUUUGAUUAAUCAAAAAUGGAUGCCUUUUUUUCAUUGUCUUUUAAUUGCUUCACCAAUAUUCCAUCCAUUUGUUCACAAGGACCAAAAUCAGUAUUAAAGUACUUGCAUUUAGAUAGUAAUUAUUGUGCGGGUGCGGAUUGGACACAAUUCGAAUACACUUAUAUUAUGCUGGACAUAUUAACAGACACCAACACUUUUUCUUUCAAGUCGCACGACUCGCACUUAUUAAACCGUUUCAUUUGUAUACAUACUAUUGGUAAUAAUAUCAACACGUAUCAUAUUGCAUAAUUAUUUGAUUUAAAUCAAAUUUAGGUUUACAAGACUUGCCCUUUUUAUUAAACAUUCAUAGACCUAUGUUUCCUAAACAUAUAACUUCCACUUAAUUCAGUGACCAAUCAAGGCGAGGAAAAGCACACAUAUGUUGUAAACGCAGCAUUUCACAAUCUUCCUGUCUGCUCACGACAUGAUUGCCAAACCCUGCCAUAUCACAGAAUGACAUUUUAACAUGUGUGUUUAGGUUCUAGAAGCACAAUGCACAUUUGCUGCUUCCUAAUUGGUACAUUUAUUGUUUAGAUUUGUUACACGCAUUUUUCUGUGCUCUUCUCUUCCAUUUGAAAUAUUCUAACAAUAAAUGUAUAUUGUUACACUUAUAAUGUUAGUCUAAAAUCCACAGAAAGCUGCUUAAAAUGAAGAUAAAAAUAUGGAAAAUGUGAACAAGUUGGGGUUUUUUGUCAUGGGUUCCACGCUUGUGUUCAUUUUCUGUUGUUACUGAAAUCUCUUAAUAUCGAAAAUGCAAUAACAAUCUAUAAGGGCCUGUAUAAUGAGGGAAUGUAUAUCUGAAUUAAUUUCUUAACUUUCCAAGCACAAUUUGGCUUUGAAGUCAUCUGUUGCACUCAUGUAUGUGUGGAAAAGCUACUUCCUUUUAAAUAUCAGUGCAUUCAGUCAAUUAAUCUCUUCUACGCCAUUCGUGCAUCAUGAUAAUACACAUAUUAUACAUUUUAACACCUGCUGUUAUGGCGAACAAAGAUGUAAUACUGUCUUUGGUUUUUGAGAGCUGGUCUCUCAGAUUGACUAUGUUUUUUUGCAUGUAGGAAGUAGAUUUUGUCAUCCACAGUGCCAUAAUAAAGAAAAUGUAUUGUUUGUGAGCUACAUUUUAAGACAGUCUAAUCCCUCAGUUACAUAAUUAUACUUUUUAUAUAUAGAAAUUUUACCCAUUCUGUGGAUUUUUACCCAUUCAUAUUACCCAUGUUAUUUAGCCAUCAAACAUAUUUCUGAGCUAUGUCUUCAGUGAGUAAGCUAUGGUUUCAAAAUGUCUUUGUUGCUGUUUCUCAAUGUAAUGUUUUGAGCAGACCUUUGAUACAAAAUUAUUGAAUUCUUUGAAAUGUUACUGAAACUUGGGUCAUUAUAAUCCUCCAUUUUUUUUUUUUACUUAUGCAUGAUUUCCCAAUAAAUGUCUGUUGCAUACA